GGUAAAUAAUAGACAAACGCCAACAAAAAAAAAAAAGAGAAAUUCACAACGGAUUAUCGGCUCAAAUUACAAAACAAAAAAAAAAUACAGAGACAACAGUAUACGUGUAACUUUCCGAAUUUUUUUUUUUUUCAUAUCAAAAAUAAAAGAUAGGCCAAGAUAAGACCAUUAUAAAAUGUAAAGACCGACCCGAAAUAAUACUCAUGUUUAAAUUAUCAGCAAAGAGCCAAGAGAGGAAACAUCACACAUUGGUGACAAAAAUUCUUAGGAAAACCAAUUAAUGGAGGUGCACAAGGUGGUUGCUCCGCCGCAUAAGAGCACGGUGGCAAAGCUAAAGACAAAACUGAAGGAGACUUUCUUCCCGGACGAUCCCUUAAGACAGUUCAGAGGACAACCAAACCGUACCAAGCUCAUACGCGCCGCUCAAUACAUUUUUCCAAUCCUCCAAUGGUGUCCUGAGUACAGCUUCAGCCUACUCAAAUCCGACGUCGUUUCAGGUCUUACCAUCGCUAGUUUAGCUAUUCCUCAGGUACGUACGUAUCAAAAAUCCGACGACGACCCAUUUUCACGUUCCGAUCAAUAACGACCACCAUUUUAUGCAAUUCUUGAUUAUAAUCUUCGUCUUCUUGGUUUUCAUAAAAACAGGGGAUUAGUUACGCGAAGCUAGCAAAUUUGCCACCAAUCGUUGGUCUAUGUAAGAAUCUGAAAGUAAAAUUGAAUAGAAUAUACAUGAAACAUUAUAGACCGUUACAUAAACACGUGUGUUGAUGUAUGUGUAGACUCGAGCUUCGUGCCACCGUUGGUUUAUGCGGUCUUGGGAAGCUCAAGAGAUCUAGCAGUGGGACCAGUCUCCAUAGCGUCGUUAAUCUUAGGAUCCAUGCUAAGGCAACAAGUAUCUCCCGUAGACGAUCCUGUUCUCUUUCUACAGCUAGCCUUCUCUUCUACCUUCUUUGCUGGUCUCUUUCAAGCCUCUCUUGGAAUCCUCAGGCUGGGAUUUAUAAUAGACUUUCUAUCAAAAGCGACGCUAAUAGGGUUUAUGGGUGGAGCAGCCAUAAUUGUAUCACUCCAACAGCUAAAGGGUCUGCUUGGGAUAACUCAUUUCACAAAGCAUAUGAGUGUAGUCCCUGUUCUCUCCUCUGUUUUCCAACACACCAACGAGUGGUCAUGGCAAACAAUUGUGAUGGGAGUUUGCUUCUUGCUCUUCUUGCUCUCGACACGUCACCUCAGCAUGAAGAAGCCGAAGCUGUUUUGGGUCUCAGCCGGAGCACCACUUCUUUCCGUUAUCGUCUCUACACUUCUUGUCUUUGUUUUCAGAGCCGAGCGUCACGGAAUCAGCGUCAUCGGGAAAUUACCAGAAGGUUUGAAUCCACCGUCUUGGAACAUGCUUCAGUUUCACGGUAGUCAUCUCGCACUCGUCGCCAAAACCGGACUCGUCACCGGAAUCGUCUCCCUCACGGAAGGAAUCGCAGUGGGAAGAACAUUUGCAGCGCUAAAGAACUACCACGUAGAUGGAAACAAAGAGAUGAUCGCCAUUGGUCUGAUGAACGUAGUAGGCUCUGCCACAUCUUGCUACGUCACAACCGGAGCAUUCUCUAGAUCAGCGGUCAACAACAACGCGGGAGCUAAAACCGCAGUUUCAAACAUUGUUAUGUCGGUCACUGUUAUGGUUACGCUUCUCUUCCUAAUGCCGCUUUUCGAAUACACUCCCAAUGUGGUCCUCGGUGCCAUCAUUGUGACCGCGGUCAUUGGUCUCAUCGACCUUCCCGCGGCCUGUCACAUAUGGAAGAUCGAUAAAUUUGAUUUCUUGGUGAUGCUUUGCGCGUUCUUUGGUGUCAUUUUCCUAUCCGUUCAAAACGGUCUAGCCAUUGCGGUGGGGCUAUCGUUGUUCAAGAUAUUGAUGCAAGUAACAAGGCCGAAAAUGGUUAUAAUGGGUAAUAUUCCUGGAACGGAUAUAUACCGAGAUCUUCAUCAUUACAAAGAAGCACAAAGGAUCCCGGGAUUUCUUGUUUUAAGCAUCGAAUCUCCUGUCAAUUUCGCCAAUUCUAACUACCUCACUGAAAGAACAUCUCGUUGGAUUGAAGAAUGCGAAGAAGAGGAAGCUCAAGAGAAGCAUUCUAGCCUACAGUUCUUGAUUCUUGAAAUGUCAGCCGUGAGCGGUGUAGACACAAACGGAGUGUCCUUUUUUAAGGAACUUAAGAAAACAACCGCCAAGAAGGACAUCGAGCUUGUGUUUGUGAACCCUCUAAGCGAAGUGGUGGAGAAGCUUCAAAGAGCUGACGAACAAAAAGAGUUCAUGAGGCCCGAGUUUCUCUUCUUAACCGUCGCUGAGGCCGUUGCGUCGCUCUCUCUUAAAGGGCCAUCUCUCAGUAACGUUUAACUAUAAUUUUUUGUAUCGGUCCAAUAUUGAUAUUUAACCGAUGGUUAAAUUUUUCUUUUUGUCUCUUUUUCAUCUUUUAAUUUCAGUACAGAUGUAAUAUUACGUUCUUCUCUCUCUUUCUUCAGUGAUGAUUUUGGUCAAGAUAUGUUUGUAUGAUUUCGCCAUUUUGUAGUUUACUAGGCCAUGUUUAGUCUCCGAGAAUAAAAUUGAUCUAGAAUCGAAUUGAUAUCUUAGCUAGAUCAAACGGAUGUAUAUCCAAAUUAUUUAUGAAAUAAACUGAUUAAAUAAAAAAAUAAAAAUAAUAUUUUUAUUU